AAGUCGAUCAAUUAUUAUAUUUUUUUGCUUUGCUGUGAUUUCAAAUUGUUUUGAGAGUAUUGUCUUUUACAUUAGGAUUAUUCUUAGCAUAUCAUUGUAUGUCGCAUUUAUUGCAUUAAAGUUCGGGUAGUGACUAGGGAAGAAUAUAUUAAAUAAUUGCAAAUAGUAAAUAUUGUUAUCAUUUUUGUUUAAUAAUAAAAAUCGGAAAAUGUUUUGAUAAGGAAAGUAAUCUGUGAGAUAGUGUAAAGUUGUUUUGACAUCCUUAAACUUGACAAAUGUCAAACUGAUAAACAAUGACGGGGAAACUAAAAUGUCAUCAGUGAUAAAAAUAUUUAUAUUUGAUAGCGCUAGAUUAUUUUUAUAAAUUUAUAUUUUCUUUUCUAAAUUAUUCCAUACAUAAUGUCUACCAAAGUAGCAGUUGUUACAGGAAGUAAUAAAGGUAUCGGAUUCGAGAUUGUUAAAGGAUUAUGUGAAAAGUUCCCGGGUUCAGUGUACCUCACUGCUAGGAAUGAAGAAAGAGGGCGGAAAGCGGUACAACGGCUAGAGGAGAUGGGAUACAAGCCGUUAUUUCAUCUUUUGGAUGUUACCAGUGAAGCUAGCAUCCAAGAGUUUGCUAAUCACGUUACUACCCAUCAUUCAGGAAUUGACGUUUUGGUUAACAAUGCCGGUAUUUUAGAUUUCGAUAAAUCUGUAUCAUCAUAUGAAGAUUCCAAAAAGCUUUUGGACACAAAUUUUUAUAGUCUUCUCACAAUCACAAGAAUACUCUACCCUCUUUUAACAAAUACUGCUAGAAUAGUAAAUUUAAGUAGUGAUUGGGGUUUGUUGUCCAAUAUCAACAAACAAGUGUGGCUUGACGUCUUAAACAAAGACGAUCUUACUGUCGAUGAGAUAUUGCAAUUUGUAGAUGAUUUUUUGGAAGCUGCUAAAAAUGGCAAAAAGUCAUUUAUCUCAUUUGCUGGUUAUUAUGGAGAUUAUAAAGUAUCUAAAGUAGCUCUGUCAGCAUUAACAUUUGUUCAACAAAAACAGUUUAUAGAACAGGGGAAAGACAUAUCAAUAAACUGUGUUCAUCCGGGCUUUGUGAAAAGUGACAUGACUAAGGGAAGGGGUAAUUUUACUCCGGAACGAGGAGCUCGUACACCUCUAUACUUGUUGCUAGAGGCCCCACAAUCACAUAAAGGUACUUUUGUGUGGCACGACGGUCACCAAGUGAACUGGGACGAUUGAACCAUUUUGAAAGUUAUUAAUUGUUUAAAAUCUGUGAUAAUAGUGUCACAUGCACUUUAACUUUAAUAUAUGUAAUUGUUUUCAUUUUGUUA